UGCGGAAAACGCAUCCCCGUUGAAGUGAGGGCGGAAGCGUGGGGUCGCGCUGGGGUUUUGCGCAUGCGCGGGCGGAUGUACUUUGCCGCCCCUGGAUAAGAGGCCGGGAGGCCCCGUGUGAGGCCUUUUUCUUCGCCGGAGCCGCCGCCGCCGCCAUCAUGACCGACUGGGAGACGGCCCCCGCCGUCACCGAGACCCCCGACAUCAAACUCUUCGGGAAAUGGAGCACCGACGACGUGCAGAUCAACGACAUCUCCCUCCAGGAUUACAUCGCCGUGAAGGAAAAAUACGCCAAGUACCUGCCGCACAGCGCCGGGCGUUACGCGGCCAAGCGCUUUCGGAAAGCCCAGUGCCCCAUCGUGGAGCGCCUCACCAACUCCAUGAUGAUGCACGGCCGCAACAACGGCAAGAAAUUAAUGACCGUGCGCAUCGUCAAGCACGCGUUUGAGAUCAUCCACCUGCUCACCGGGGAGAACCCGCUGCAAGUCCUGGUUAACGCCAUCAUUAACUCGGGACCCCGCGAGGACUCGACCCGCAUCGGUCGCGCCGGCACCGUCCGUCGACAGGCCGUGGACGUGUCCCCCCUGCGCCGCGUCAACCAGGCCAUCUGGCUGCUGUGCACCGGCGCUCGCGAAGCCGCCUUCCGUAACAUCAAAACCAUCGCCGAGUGCUUGGCCGACGAGCUCAUCAACGCCGCCAAGGGCUCUUCCAACUCCUACGCCAUCAAGAAGAAGGACGAGCUGGAGCGCGUGGCCAAAUCCAACCGUUAAAAAGCAUCGUUGUCACCCCCCCCAUAUAAAUAAAAGUCACUUAUUCAGCGUGUCCCCCC